AUGCAGAUCGACUUGACCUGUCAACAUGGUCCAAGAGCGCCAUGCCACGCUUCAAGUCGCCAAUACCUUCACAAGAAUGACUGCUCUUUUGGUCCUCGGUGCAAGCUCAUCCACCAGAGUUACUGCCGAAAGUAUCUCAUGCGUGGUGGAUGCACCAACCGCUUGUGUGACUUUAAGCACCUCGACAUUUGUGAGUAUUUCCAGAGAAGACACUGGACAGAGGACUGCCCACGCCUACCGCGUUGCCCCUUCCUGCAUGUUGUUCUACCUCGUGAAGAAAGGCUCUCAUUUCCUUCAAGUGCCCCCAUUGGUGGAAGCCCUUCCAGUUCGCACUCCUUUCCACCGGUGCCGCCCUCGCUGUUUCUUCCGCCACCACCCACACCGACCACGCCGGUGACCUCUGAUGACGAGUCGAAGCCAGUGGAGGUCAUUGAAGUGGAAGAUGACGAGCCAGCAGAAGCGAAAGAGGAAGACUUCCACGGGGUCCCCAAACGGGAGUCCCAGCUCACGGUGGGCUUUGCGCGGCGCUAUGGCUACGAGGAUUGGGGCGACUAG